AUGAAGGACAGAUUUUUGAAGCGGCUGCUCAACCAUUUGAAGGUUGACCUGAGCAACCUUUCCGUGCGGUACGAGGACGAUAUCAACGUCGUGCAGCCCAACCCGUUUGUGUGCGGGAUGGCCUUAGGCUCGCUCACCUUCGGGAAGGCUGACAUAGAUGGCCUCCCAGUCACGGCAUCGCGCAGCCCAGCUUCGACGAAGAAGAUGAGCAGCCAGAAGGUGAAAGACGAGCCGAGCACCCCGAUUGGAGGAUUAGACACUUUGCGCCAUCAAGAACUCGAGGUCCGGCAACUCUACGUAUUCUGGGACACAGACGGAGUCACGUCUUAUCAAGGGAGCCUUGACGCAGGCUGCGCCGUGGACAAGUUCCGCAUGGCGCGCUUGCGAGAGCGGCUGAAGCUGGCAGUCGUGGGCAAACUGGAGGAGAAGUUCCGGCACUGUCCCACGAAGAGAUCGCUUCUGCGGGGGCCGAUGUUUCGAGAAAGGUUUGAUGAUCAUGUGUAUGUUCUGUUCCCCGUGACCGCCAAAUUGACAAUUACACGGAGAGGAGGGCCUGGCUUCGAGCCUCCGUCGAGCGUCGAGGCGCUGGUGCAGCCAGUUCAGCUCGCAGUCGACAACAGACAGGUGGAGAGCUUCAAUAGGAUCAUCACGCACGUGCACGACUGGUUCAGAAAUUCUUCGAUGUCUUGCACGAAGCCUCCCUAUGGCAUCCUGGAGCUGCGAUGCCACCUUUCCGACGCGGAUCACCGCGAGCACGUGCGGUGGUGGUGGCGGCAUUGUGUGCGCGUGAUCCAGGUGAAGCUCAACAUGAAGCCAGGCCAGUUCGGUACGAACUUUAAGGCCGAUCUGGCGAAGCCGCUGGAAGACGAGUACCUCAACCUGAUGAUCCGGGACGACUUCGGGGACGAGCUCAAGCGGAAGCUGAAGCUCUUCGACCACGACCAGAAGAGGUGCCUGGACAUCCAGGUGGUCCUGCCAGUCCUGACGAUCCUUCGGCUUCGGCUCUCGGCGAAGCGCAGGGGCCCCUGCCGCGGGAACUGCGGGCACAUGGUCACCUGGCACGCCACCCACUGCUGCACCGAGUGCGCCAGGAACCCGGGGCACCACGACGACACUUGCGACCGCAGGCAGGUCAGUCACCCGCUGCUCCGGCGGUGCAAAGAGUGCAUACGAGCCGCCAGGCCGAAGCGAGAAGAAGAGUCGGGCAGGAUGGAAGACGACGAUAUCCUCCUCACUGUGGACGAGGAGGACGAGGACGUUGAUGGCUCGAGCGAGGCUGGACAGGACUCGCCCAAGCGUCGAAUCUGGGGGAUCUCUCCGAGCGCCUCGUCCACAAGCCGAUCGUUUGGUUACCAGUCAGACAGUAUCGAAGUCGGGCACAGAGGCGACGACGCCACGGACAACGACGUCACGCUCCAUGUGGCCAUUCAGGUGGAAUCCGUGGAGGUGUUCGUGAUGAUGUACUCGUUCUGGGGCACGCUGUUUUCCUGCGUGCACUUCAAGCCACCGUCGCCCGACAGCCCGCGCACGAUCUCCCGGCGCCCCUUUGCGGGCCUGGAGCGCCUGGCGCCCAGGAUCACCCGGACCACCAGCCAGCAGCA